UCAUUGAUAAGUUUGACUACGUCUUCGCAGAGAACGGCACAGUGCAAUACAAGAAUGGGCAGCUGGUCUCCAAACAGGCCAUUCAGGACCACUUGGGCGAAGAGCUGCUGCAGGAUCUAAUCAACUUCUGUCUCAACUACAUGGCGCUGCUGAAACUGCCCAAGAAACGAGGGACCUUCAUUGAGUUUCGCAACGGGAUGCUGAACAUCUCCCCCAUCGGACGGAGCUGCACGCCAGAGGAGCGAAUCGAGUUCUCUGAGCUGGACAAGAAAGAGCGGAUCCGAGAGAAGUUUGUAGCAGCCCUGCAGAGGGAGUUUGCUGGAAAAGGCCUGCGUUUCUCUCGAGGUGGCAUGAUCAGCUUUGAUGUCUUCCCGGAGGGCUGGGACAAGCGCUACUGCCUCAACGUGCUCGACGAUGAGAGAUUUGACACCAUCCACUUCUUUGGGAACGAGACAACCCCUGGAGGGAACGAUUAUGAAAUCUAUGAUGAUCCCCGCACGGUGGGACACAGCGUCCAGUCCCCCCAGGACACAGUCCAGCGAUGCCGUGAAAUCUUCUUUCCAGAGAGAGCAAACGAGUGCUGACUGACAGGUCCCCACAGCCCUGCCCUGGCCCCACCCUCUCCCCCUGCCGGGAAAAGCACCUUUAUUUGAGGAAUCUGCUCAGGGUAGACCCAAAAAAAAACCCACUUUCCAGAUCUGGUGGGGAUGU